CAUCCACCCGAGACUCGCCAUGGGUGCCGCUGGCGUAGUCGCGCUACUCAUGGUGACUAUUUCAGCAUUGCUUCUGCCUAUGGCAGCCGCCGUCAACAACCCGGCGUUCUCAUGCGGUCCGGGCGCGGCGCAGGGGGGCUACGCGUUCUGCAACCAGCAGCUGCCGGUGGAGCGGCGCGUGGCCGACCUUGUAGCGCGGCUGACGCUGGCGGAGAAGGUGUCGCAGCUGGCCGACAAGGCGUCGGCGGUGCCGCGGCUAGGCGUCCCGGCGUACAAGUGGUGGUCGGAGGGGCUGCACGGGCUCUCCAUUUGGGGCCGUGGUAUGCACUUUAACGGCACCGUCCGCGCCGUCACCAGCUUCCCGCAGGUGCUCCUCACCGCCGCCUCCUUCGAUGUGGGCAUAUGGUACCGUAUCGGCCAGGCAAUUGGCACUGAGGCUAGAGCGCUGUACAACCUGGGGCAGGCGGAGGGGCUCACCAUCUGGUCCCCCAACGUGAACAUCUACCGCGACCCGCGUUGGGGCCGCGGGCAGGAGACCCCCGGCGAGGACCCCGUCACGGCGAGCAAGUACGCCGCGGCCUUUGUGAGGGGCCUUCAGGGCACCUCGACGACGACGCUGCAGGCCUCGGCGUGCUGCAAGCAUGCCACGGCGUACGACCUGGACGACUGGCGGGGCGCCGUGCGGUACAACUUUAACGCGAAGGUGACGGCCCAGGAUCUGGCGGACACGUUCAACCCGCCGUUCAAGAGCUGCGUGGCGGAAGGGAAGGCCACCUGCGUCAUGUGCGCCUACAUCUCCGUCAAUGGCGUCCCGACCUGCGCCGACCCCGACCUCCUCACCAAAACCAUCAAGGGAGAAUGGGGAAUGAACGGGUACGUAGCUGCUGACUGUGAUGCGGUGGCACUGAUUCGCGGUGGACACCAUUACACUCCCACGGACGAGGAUGCGGUUGCUGUUUCGCUCAAGGCCGGGAUGGACAUGGACUGCGGGAACUACACGCAGGUGCACAGCAUGUCGGCGAUCCAGCAGGGGAAGAUGACGGAGCAGGACGUGGACAAGGUCCUCAGGAACCUCUUCGCUGUCCGGAUGCGGCUCGGGCACUUCAACGGCGACCCGCGGAGUAGCCCGCUGUACGGGCACCUCGGCGCCGCCGACGUGUGCUCGCCCGCCCACAGGAGCCUGGCGCUCGAGGCGGCGCAGGACGGCAUCGUCCUGCUCAAGAACGACGGGGGCAUCCUCCCGCUCCACCGGUCCGUGGUCACGGCGGCCGCCGUCAUCGGUCCCAACUCCGACGACCGUGGCGCUCUCAUCGGCAACUACUAAUUCGGCCCUGCGUGCGAGUACACGACGCCUCUCCAGGGGCUCAGGGGGUACGUGAAGGACAUCGCGUUCCGGCCCGGGUGCAACUCCACGUCCUGUGCCUUCUCCAAGAUAGACGAGGCGGCCGGGGUGGCGGGCUGGCACGACCACGUGAUCCUCUUCAUGGGGCUGAGCCAGAAGCAGGAGCAGGAAGGGCUGGACAGGACGAGCCUCCUGCUCCCCCCAAAGCAGCAGAGCCUCAUCACCACCGUGGCCAGGGCGGCGAAACGGCCAGUGAUCCUGGUGCUCCUCACGGGCGGCCCGGUGGACGUGACGUUCGCCAAAAACAACCCGAAGAUCGGCGCGAUCCUGUGGGCCGGGUACCCUGGCCAGGCCGGCGGGCUUGCCAUCGCCAAGGUGCUGUUCGGAGAGCACAACCCCAGCGGCAGGCUGCCGGUGACGUGGUACCCGGAGGAGUACACCAGGGUGAACAUGACGGACAUGCGGAUGCGCGCUGACCCGGCCACCGGCUACCCCGGCCGGACCUACCGCUUCUACCGGGGCGAGACUGUCUAUAAGUUCGGCUACGGACUCAGCUACUCCAAAGUCUCCCGCCGAUUAGUGGUCCCCAGUCAAGUACCAAACACGAAGAAUCUACUCGCCGGCGUGUCGACGACCGUGGACGACGGCGGCGCGAGCUACUACGACGUGGAGGAGAUCGGGGCCGAGGUGUGCGAGCAGCUCAAGUUCCCGGCAGUGGUGGAGGUGCAGAACCACGGACCCCUGGCGGGAAAGCACUCGGUGCUCAUGUUCCUCCGGUGGCCCAACGCGACGGGCGGGCGUCCGGCGAGCCAGCUUGUUGGGUUCCGGAGCCAGCAUCUAGAGGCCGGUGAGAAGGCUAGCCUGACGUUCGACGUCAGCCCGUGCGAGCACUUGAGCAGGGCGAGGGAGGACGGCAAGAAGGUGAUCGAUAGAGGGUCGCAUUUCCUCUCUGUUGACGAGGAGGUAGAGAGCGAAAUCAGCUUCGACUCCUGAUCAAACGAAUUCAUUCUGAAUCCGAUUUGGGCGGGGAGAGUAGAAUUUAGAAGACGAAUUGUGUAAUGUGUUGCAGCCCAUAGUUACACACAAUUAAUCUGUUAGCCUUCAGUA